AUGUCGGAGGCGCAAAGGGAACAGCAGCCUCUGCUGCGUGCUGAGGAGAUUGAGCAGACAGCGGUCUAUCCCAUAAUUCAUAUGAUUAAAUCGGAUGUUAUGCACUUCAUCGAUACGCCUUUGACUUACGACGCUCUCACGGCCCCAGACCUUACCUAUACCCUUGUUCGACCUCUCGAAGACAAGUAUAACGCCUUCCAGCGACAAGGAAACAUGUCCAUCGUCUUCUGCUUCUUGAUAAACCGUGUCCACUUCCUCCGGGAUCAAAGCCUGACCACUUCGCAGCUCUCGCGGUCUCGCGCAGCGCUCUGCGAGAUCCUGGCCAUCCGUGCGCUCAAUGCGCACGCCCACAGCUUGCUCGAACUCGCCCUUGUUACCACCACUAGCUGGCCUGUCUACAACGGUGCUGAUCCAGAUGUGAUUACACAGGCCAGGGAAGAGCGCGAUGAGCUCGAGGACCGCGUCGGAAAUGCUAUCGAGAUGGCUAUCAUCAGCAAGGCGAAGCGGUUCAUCAAGAGCUCCGCUUGCCAGAAAGUUAUCAAUGCUAUUUGGAUUGGUAAAUGUGUGUAUCAAGCCGAAAGCAACCAUUCUAUACUGUCAGAUACGUACAAACGCAAUCCGAUACAUUUCUAUGACCCCCACAAAGCCCCAUUAUUGGAUCAUUAUCGUCUGAAAGUGCCGGCUAUUCGGAUGGUGUUGGAAUAUCUGGAUUUCCUUCUUCUGUUCAUCCUUUUCGUCUUUGCGCUUGAGCUUAACCAACGAGAUCGUGUCAAUAUUGCUGAAGGCGCGUUCAUGGUCUAUGCGUUAGGGUUUGCCUUGGAGAAGGUGGCAGCUAUGCAAGAGCAUGGCAUCAGAGUGUAUUUCACGGGCACUUGGAAUGGUUUCGAUCUAGCAUUCGUGACUGUAUACUGCACGUACGCAUUUUUGAGGCUCUACGGAGUGUACCACGACAACUUCUGGGCACGUUCUACGGGCAUAGACCUGUUAGCUGUAAUCGCAGUCCUGAUGUUCCCAAGGCUCGUAUUUGUUACGCUGCGGAAUAACCUCAUGGUCCUAUCCGUCCGAGCUAUGCUCGUGCAGUUUGUUAUUUUGAUGUUUAUCGCUGCAUUCUGUUUCGCUGGAUUUUUGUAUGCGUUAUGGACACUGAGCAGAAACUCUGCUGGUUACUCUGCUGGGCAGAUCGCGUGGUGGAUGGCGGAUCUCUGGUUUGGACUGGACGCAAGUGGUUUCGACAAAGCAUCUCAAUUCCAUCCAAUAUUUGGGCCGAUCAUGAUGAUUGCAUACGCAUGCUUGAGCAAUACCCUACUGCUCACGGUUUUGGUUUCUAUACUCUCACAUACGUUCUCGACCAUAAGUGAAGACGCCCAAGCGGAAGCCAUGUUUAGACGAGCUGUGACCACCAUAGAAGGUGUCAAGGCUGAUCCAUUGUUCUCAUAUUUACCACCUAUAAACCUUGUCGCACUGUGCAUAAUGUUCCCUCUCAGUUACGUUUUGUCUCCUCGGUGGUUCCACAAGGCCAAAACGGCCGGCACCCUCAGCUUCUACGAUACAGUCAGUGCCGCCGCGGAGAAAGUAUUCGAUACCCUGCCAAGGCAAUUGAAACGUCUCACUUUCUUUGAGGGCCUUGCUGGCGCAGAUUCAAGUAUAGAUGCUAUAUUCGAAAUCGAGGAUGAGAUGGGUGACAGUGCGCUGGACACACAGGACUACGACGAUCCUUUCCUUUCUGGCCAGCAAGGCCCCAGACGCCCUUCUGAGCGACGGCUCUCCGCUGCUUCGCGGCGGCGUCCCUCAUUUGCCCCUCUGAUUCCACCGAAAGCCUCGAGCCAACAGAUUUCAAAUGGUCAACCAUCUGCCUCUGGGGGAGGAGGCCAUGUACCCGUCAGGCAGCGUGUCAACUCGGCGAUGGCCCGUGGUGCGGAAGCAGCGCAGAGCUUCACAAGUCCUCUCGCCCAGAUAUUCCAGCCCUUGGUCGUAGACGAUGAUAUACCCGAGGAAGCUCGAGAAUCACCAUCCAACGCCCCCGGGCCAACACAUAUGAUCAGUUUCGGUCCCGCUACUCGCAGACGGCUUACCUCGGUACACCGAAGGAGCACCACCGAUCCCUAUCACCUUAACCCUAUGCAAUCGAGUCCCAAGAAGUUCCCUUCAGUGACUUCUGAUGCCCGUAGUCACGGCUCCUUGUUGAGUCAACCUCUGUCAGAAAGCCCUGGACAGGGAGAGGGUCGACCGGAGACGGCCUCGCAUGUAGAGGAGGAUGAAGGAUCUCCUUCCCGUGGGGGCCCCGGAUCAGGAGAGUUGAUGAAGCGUUUUGAUCUCAUGGAGGAGCGGCAACGCAGGAUUGAAGAAUUGCUUAUGCAACUCACGCAGAACCUUGGUUCUAAAUGA